UUGAACAGGGCUAUAUUCGGAAAUUGCCAUAAUCCUGACCCUUCAGCAGCCCAAAUUGAAAACCUAAAGGUCGCUUCUCCUUGUUUCAUUCACGGUAGCCUUAAAACAAAGCUUCUUUCUCUAACGAAAGUUCUCCUUGUAACUUUAUUUAUCUUUAAUGGGCACGCCGGAGACUUCACGUGAACCCUGUCCGGACCGUAUUUUAGAUGACAUCGGCGGCGCGUUUGGUAUGGGAGCCGUCGGCGGCUCUGCCUUCCACUUCCUUAAAGGCGUCUACAACUCUCCCAGCGGGGCGCGAAUCAUCGGCGGCACCCAAGCCGUGCGGAUGAACGCGCCUCGUGUGGGUGGAAGCUUCGCCGUUUGGGGUGGUCUGUUUUCUGCCUUCGAUUGCACUAUGGUAUACGUCCGCCAGAAGGAGGACCCCUGGAAUUCCAUCUUUGCUGGCGCCGCCACCGGCGGCUUUCUCUCAAUGCGACAAGGUCUGGGCGCUUCGGCUCGCGCCGCUGUUUUCGGUGGGAUUCUCCUUGCUUUGAUUGAGGGAGCUGGGAUCAUGCUCAAUAAAGUAAUGAGUGCUCAGCAGAGCAUGCCUGUAAUGAUUGAUGAAUCAGUACCUGCUAUGGCUGGUGGUCCUGGAUUCCCCAUGGGCCUUCCAGGUCAGCCUCAGCCCCAACCUCAGCUCGUGCAAGAGACGGCGUCGACGAGUGGAUCUGAGUCUGGUUCAUGGUUCGGUGGUUGGUUUGGUGGAGGGAAGAAGGAACCGGCGGCAAGCAGCGGUAGCAAGACAGAGAUUUUGGAGACUUUCGAUGCUCCACCAGUGCCAAAUUUUGAGUAUAAGUGAAAAAAAAGAGGUCCAUUUGAAGAGCUUUAAAAAAAAUUUUAUUAGUUUCUUUCUUAGGUGGUAUUGAUCUUGUAACUGGCGGACCUUUGGAGCUCCAAACAUAAUGAACCCUAAAAUUUCCUGUCUAAUUUUCGCUUGCUCUUUCCUUUUCCUUGGCUUGAUUAGUUAUAACAUAUAGAAAUAUCAAUGUAUUAUAAAUUCAUUUGCAAUUUUGUAUGUGUGCAUUGAAUUGAUUGUUGGGUGUUUAAUUUUGUGAAAUGGAGUCUUGGGUAUUGCAAUCA